AUGCUCAACGUUCUCUCCGACGCCGCUGUCGCCGGAAAACGAGCCGAUAACGGCUUCAAGAAGACCACAUGGGAGGAGGUUGCCCUACAGGUGAACGCCAUCCGUCAGAGGGGAGGUUUGAAAGACCUCAAGACUGACCGGUGGAAGCCUAUUAAAGAGCUGAUGGCGAAGUCUGGCUCUGGCUGGGACGACGAGAGACAUGUAGUGACCCUGCCUGAGAGGGCGUGGCAAGAACUGAAAGAGUUAAACGGAAGUCAAGAUCAAGUCGGAAAAAACACCAAAGAGGACGCCAGCGAUUCCUCCGACGACACCGACGAUGACCUCAAUUCGACUCCUUCGAAGCCUCCGCAAAAACGUCAACGGCCGACCAAACAAAACGAGUUAGCCGAACGACUCGAUCGACUAGAUGAACGGCUCGUUGAGAUAGCCAAACGAGACCCAGAGACCUCUCUAGAGAGGGCCUUUGCGAAGCUAGCCGACGUUGUCGAGGAGUACAAACUCGACGAACAAGAACACGGUCGAAUCGUCGACUACUUUACCGAUCGGCCGACUCGAGCGAUAGCUUUCCUGGCUGUACCUCCAGCGUUCCUGGAACGUAGUGUCAGACGCAUAGUAAAGAUGGAAGAAGACAGGGAGAACAGGGAAGAGGAAGAUCGAGCGGCAAAACGGUCUCGUACGUCGAGAGGAACGGAGUUCGAUAGGUGGUGA